GCAGGAUGGGGGCUUCCAUCAACUGUUUCUUUAGGGAGUUUCAAAAGCCCUGCAGUCACAUUCCUGUUUAACUCGGACCCUGCUUUCUAGAUACAACUGGGAGCUUCAUCAGAAACAAAGUGAAGAUGCCAGAGCCUCUAAAGAAAACAGUUUCUGCAUUUACCAAGAAGCCAAAGACAACAGAGGUGACAGCCGGAAGCACAGCUGUGUUUGAAGCAGAGACAGAAAAAUCUGGCAUCAAGGUGAAAUGGCAGCGAGCUGGCACAGAAAUUACUGAGAGUGAGAAAUAUGUCAUCAAGACAGAAGGAAACAAGCAUUCACUGACAAUCAAUAAUGUAGGAAAAGAAGAUGAUGUGACAUAUGCUGUAAUAGCUGGAAGUUCCAAGGUCAAAUUUGAACUCAAGGUCAAGGAACCAGAAAAGAGUGAGACAGUCCCUCCUGCUGGAGAUGCACCAGCCCCAACUGCCUCAGAAUCCCCUGCUCCACCAGUAGAGAGCAGCCAAAACACAGAAGUUGCAUCUGCUGAGACUCAAGCAGAAGAACCUUUGGACCCCAUUGGGCUCUUUGUGACACGACCACAGGAUGCAGAAGUUACUGUUGGUGGAAACAUCACAUUCACUGCCAAAGUAGCAGGUGAGAGCCUACUGAAGAAGCCAUCAGUGAAAUGGUUCAAAGGAAAGUGGAUGGACCUGGGAAGCAAAGUGGGGAAACAUCUCCAGCUACAUGACAACUAUGAUCGAAAUACCAAGGUGUACACCUUUGAACUGGAAAUCAUAGAGGCAAACAUGACUUUUGCGGGAGGGUACAGAUGUGAGGUGUCUACCAAGGACAAGUUUGAUAGCUCUAGUUUCAACCUGACAGUCAAUGAAGCACCUGUAACUGGAGACUUGGAUAUUCGAGCUGCCUUCCGACGCACGAGCCUAGCAGGAGGGGGGAGACGGAUGACUUCAGCCUUUCUCAGUGCCGAGGGACAUGAUGAAGGGGCGGAGUUUGAUUUUAGUUCCCUACUGAAAAAAAGAGACAGCUUCUUGCGCUCCGUAAAUCGAGGUGAAGCAAAAUCUGAAUCACAGUCUGACGUUGAUGUCUGGGACAUCCUGAGGAAAGCUCCUCCUACUGAAUAUGAGAAAAUAGCUUUUCAGUAUGGUAUUACAGAUUUGCGUGGGAUGCUGAAGCGCCUCAAACGCAUAAAGAAGGAAGAGAAAAAAAGCACAGCAUUCCUCAAGAAACUGGAUCCAGCUUACCAAGUAGACAAAGGACAAAAGAUUAAAUUAAUGGUGGAAGUUGCCAAUCCAGAUGCUGAUGUGAAAUGGCUGAAGAAUGGACAGGAAAUCCAAGUGAGCGGCAGCAAAUAUAUUUUUGAGGCUGUUGGAAAUAAGAGAAUACUGACCAUAAACCAUUGUUCUCUGGCCGACGAUGCAGCAUAUGAAUGUGUGGUGGGGGAUGAGAAGAGUUUCACAGAACUAUUUGUAAAAGAACCUCCAAUCUUGAUCACUCACCCGCUGGAGGACCAGAUGGUGAUGGUUGGAGAGAGAGUGGAGUUUGAGUGUGAAGUGUCUGAGGAAGGUGCUACUGUGAAAUGGGAAAAGGAUGGAAUUGAACUGACACGAGAAGAAACAUUCAAAUACCGAUUCAAGAAAGACGGAAAAAAACAGUAUCUAAUUAUUAAUGAGUCAACCAAGGAGGAUAGUGGACACUACACCGUGAAGACCAAUGGUGGGGUAUCAGUCGCUGAACUAAUUGUGCAAGAGAAAAAGCUGGAAGUUUAUCAGAGCAUUGCGGACCUGACAGUGAAGGCACGUGACCAGGCAGUCUUCAAGUGUGAAGUUUCUGAUGAAAACGUGAAAGGAAUCUGGUUGAAAAAUGGAAAGGAGGUGGUCCCAGAUGAAAGGAUAAAGAUCUCCCAUAUUGGCAGAAUCCAUAAACUAACUAUUGAGGAUGUAACACCAGAGGACGAAGCUGAUUAUUCCUUUAUUCCUCAAGGAUUUGCUUACAACCUUUCUGCCAAGCUUCAGUUUUUGGAGGUCAAGAUAGAUUUUGUACCAAGAGAAGAACCCCCCAAAAUCCACCUUGACUGUCUGGGCCAAUCCCCUGACACUAUCGUCGUAGUGGCUGGGAACAAACUGAGGUUGGAUGUUCCCGUAUCAGGAGAUCCAACACCCACUGUCAUCUGGCAGAAAGUAAACAAGAAAAGUGACCUAGUUCGAAUCAAUGAUGAUUCCAUGGCUCCCUCAGAAAACAGCAGUGAUUUAAAUACUGAUAAUAAGCUUCUGUUUGAAUCUGAAGGCAGAGUUCGUGUGGAGAUACAUGAAGACCAUUGUGUCUUCAUCAUUGAAGGAGCAGAAAAGGAAGAUGAGGGAGUAUACAGAGUUAUACUUAAGAAUCCAGUGGGAGAAGAUAAGGCUGAUAUCACAGUCAAAGUUAUUGAUGUUCCUGACCCUCCAGAAGCUCCCACAAUCAGCAACAUUGGAGAAGAUUACUGUACUGUGCAGUGGCAACCCCCUAAGUAUGAUGGUGGGCAACCAGUACUUGGCUAUAUUUUAGAAAGAAAGAAGAAGAAGAGCUAUCGAUGGAUGAGACUGAACUUUGACCUUUUAAAAGAGCUGACCUAUGAAGCCAAGCGAAUGAUUGAAGGAGUAGUUUAUGAGAUGCGGAUUUAUGCUGUGAAUUCUAUUGGCAUGUCCCGGCCAAGCCCUGCCUCAAAACCCUUCAUGCCAAUUGCUCCUCCAAGUGAACCAACCCACUUUACAGUGGAAGAUGUUUCUGACAGCACUGUUGCCUUGAAGUGGAGACCUCCUGAGCGGAUUGGAGCUGGAGGAUUAGAUGGUUAUAUUGUGGAAUACUGCAAAGAUGGAUCUACAGAAUGGAUUCCUGCGCUUCCUGGCCUAACUGAGCGCACGUCUGCACUGAUUAAAGACCUGGUCACGGGGGACAAACUUUAUUUCCGUAUAAAGGCCAUAAACUUGGCUGGUGAGAGUGGAGCAGCAAUAAUAAAAGAGCCUGUUACUGUUCAAGAGAUCCUGCAGCGUCCCAAAUUCUGGCUGCCACGGUAUCUCAGACAGACUCUGGUGAAGAAAGUGGGUGAGACAAUCAAUAUUGUGAUCCCUUUUCAGGGUAAACCAAGGCCCAAAAUCACUUGGCUUAAAGAUGGUCAAAGCCUAGACUCCAAAGAUGUGGGAAUUCGGAACAGCAACACGGACACAAUCCUCUUCAUCAGAAAGGCAGAGCUUCAUCACUCAGGAGCAUAUGAAGUUACUCUUCAGAUAGAAAACAUGACUGAUAAAGUUGUAAUAACAAUACAAAUCAUAGACAAGCCUGGUCCUCCUCAGAAUGUAAAGCUUGUAGAUGUUUGGGGAUUUAAUGCAGCCCUGGAGUGGACACCUCCCCAAGAUGAUGGCAAUGCACAGAUCUUGGGCUACACAGUCCAGAAAGCUGACAAAAAGACAAUGGAAUGGUAUACAGUUUUUGAUCACUAUCGUCGCACAAACUGUAUAGUGUCAGACCUGAUUAUGGGAAAUGAGUAUUUUUUUCGAAUCUUCAGUGAAAAUUUGUGUGGAUUGAGUGAAACUGCUGCAACCACCAAAAAUCCUGCCCAUAUCCAAAAAACAGGCACCACUUAUAAGCCACCUAGUUACAAAGAACAUGACUUCUCUGAACCUCCUAAAUUCACUCAUCCUUUAGUAAACCGUUCUGUGAUUGCAGGAUACAACACCACACUCAGCUGUGCUGUAAGAGGAAUCCCCAAGCCAAAGAUAUCCUGGUACAAAAACAAAAUGGAUCUCUCUGGGGAUGCCAAAUACCGCAUGUUCAGUAAGCAGGGUGUGUUGACCCUGGAGAUCCGGAAACCCACUCCAUUUGACGGAGGCAUUUACACCUGUAAAGCUGUUAAUGAGUGUGGUGAAGCUGAAAUAGAGUGCAGACUGGAUGUCAGAGGUAAUCAGCACCUCAGUAAAACUCUGAAUUGCAAUUCAUCUGCAAGUCAAGCAUUAGAAUGGAACUUGAAAAGAAGAAAACUGAAGAAAUUAAUGAGGAUAAUUUCAGUUCAUUUAGGAGUCUUGUUCAUCUUCAAAGUCAUUUAAUAUAUGUGAAUUAGGAAGUAGCAGUGUCUUGUAAUGUUUUGCUUACCCAGCAUACUUUCAGACCCUAUUUCCUUUUUUCAUACAUCUGUUUUAGUUACACUGUCAUUGUCUCCACACAAAGUAAUCGAGAGAAAUCAAUAUAGAACUUUCCUCCCCUCACACAGGUAAAAAAAAGCCUGCUGUAUUACAAUUACAUAAAAAUAACCCCCCGUCCUUUCCUAAUGUCUGAAACAAAUGUAAAUUCCCCAGUUCUACAGUUCACUCCAUUUUCUCUUUGAAGAACUCUGAUAUUCUUCAUAAGAAACAAGUAGCUCAGAAUAAUGAAACAGUAAAAAACUAAUUGUAAUAUUUAAUCACCUUCCAUUAUACUCAUGUCUGUACAAUAGAUUGUAACUUUCAUUCCUACUACUUUUACUGUCUGUGAGUGUUUGAAACAUCCACUGCUGUGCUCUUGAGCAGAUCUUUGCAGAACUGUGUCCAAAACACACCAUUUGGGAACCUCUGGCUAUAGUUAUUGUUCUGCUUUAUAUAGAAAAUAAUUUUUUUGAUAAUUACUCACUACUUGUUUUCUAGCUUUUAAAAAAGGCACCAGCAUAGAAUUCUGGUUAUUAGAUGUUUUUGCAACCAAUCACAGACAUCGUACUUAUCUACAGAGAUAAUUUUGCACAUCAGAUGAAACAGUGAAAGUUCUAGUGAGAAAGAUUACCUGCACACAAAUAAAAAAUUUUAAAGCAAAAUCUUGUGAUGAAAGCAAUAAACUUACUGUUAUCAAAUCUUACUGAAGGUUUUUGAAAGUCUAUGAGUGGUAUGUAUGCAUUUUUGCAGAUGAUUCUGUCUAAUUAAAUGACACAAUAGCAUUUCUAGCUUCUCAUCUACUAGUCUGAAUAGUAUUUGGGAUGGGGGUUUUUUCAGACCUGUGGUAGUUGAUAGUUUCUGGCUGGAGAGUACGUUUUAAUGACCACAAUACAAGAGACAGUGGGAAGAUGAUAUUAAUCAAAGAAGCAUUGCCUUUUAAAAGAAUCAACACAAAGGAACUGAGGUAAUACUACUUCCCUGCCAACAUGCCACAUGAGAUGGGAAAGCAUGUCUGACACAGCAUAUUAGUUGUACUAAACGAGCAAAUAAGUCUUCCUAAUAAAAGCAUGAGAUGUGUAUUUUGAUUAUUUCAUUAUGAUAUCAGAACAAAAAAGGAUACCCUCUGAAACCAACAUCAACUUAUUUCAGAUCUACACUUGUCUGUUGCACAUUAUUCUUAUUAAACAGUUAAAUAAAAUUUAAAAAGGAAAAUAUGCAA